AUGUUGGAUAUUUCUGAUCAACCAAAUAGUUUAAUGCAACUUUCUUUUACAAAUAAUACAUUAGUAAUAUUAAUUUUAAUUAAAUUUAUUUUAAAAUUAAAGCAAAUAACUAAAAAUUACAACGACGAAUCCGUUAUUUGGGCAAAUAGAGGAGGUAAAAGACCUUUAUAUAAACCAAUAUGUGGAUAUACUGGGACAGAAUGUCCACAAAAUAUAACAACAUAUAUAUUAAUUGGUGUUGGUUUGGUUUUGUUAUUGUUAGUAGCUACUUUAGGUGGAAUUGGUUAUGCUGUUCGGUUAGCUUUUUUGGAACUAAAAAAAUUAUCUUUUAAAAACUAA